AUGAAAGAACGACUGCUGUUCCACCUGCGUCUCGGCGACAGCUCGAGCCCCCUCGCCAGAACAAAGUCUCUGCUUGAUGCUAGCGGCUCUGGAGCUAGCAGCUCGGGAGGACCGCCGGCGGGACGCGGUGCAACAACAAUGGCACGUUCGGCGGCGGAGAAAGAAGACGAGCGUCCACCUCAUAUCGUUUGCACCUGUCUUCACUCAAGCGUGUCGAGUGCUGUUGCGGUAGGGUUCGAGAGGGGAGUUGUCCACGUGUACUACAGGCAGCACGAGGACAGGGUCAGGCGGAGCAGCGAGGAGGAGAGGUGGAAGCGCACGGUCAUCUACCCCACCCGGGCCCUAGGAAGCGGGGUCGCAAGUCCGAUCGAAUCACCGGCAGCUGCGGCGGUACCACCGGACAUCACCUGCGUUGCCAUUGCUCCUGGCGGAGGCAAACUGGCCGUCGGAACUUCGGAUGGCUUCGUGCUCGUCACGCAGACGGGCGGUAGCCCCGGCACGGGGUGGGCUAGAGGGUCAGGGUUCCACCACAAGUCCCACAGGGGCAAGCGCAUCAACUGCCUUCUCUGGGACAACAGCGGAGACCAGCUGUACUCCGUAUGCGAGGGCGGGACCGUAGUGCUGGCGAGGAACCUGCGGCCGCGACGCGGGGCCCCCGCUGCGGGCCCCGCUGGGAUAACCGGGGUGAUGCAGUUCCUUGGCGUCCAUCAGCCCGACAACUCCAGCACGGCCGACACCCCGGCAUCGCCCCAAGCCAUCGUCGUCGGCCACACGGGGUCCCCGGGGGUGAGCCUGGAUCUCGGUCGGACUAAGGCCUCCUUGCCCGGCACGACGAAAGGGUUCUUGGCGUGCGACGUGCUCCUUGUCAUGACCAGGAAACAGGCGGUGCUGUUCUACUUCGCGGUCGGUGAAGAUGUCAGCAUCUUCGCACCGCACAAGACCUUCGUGGACCUCAACGUCGUCGACGACUCAACCGCCAACACGGGACAACCAAGCGGCAGCAACAACAGCCGCACCCCACCCCCACCCCCGCCCCCCUCCCGGACGGACUUCGGCGGCUGUCUCUGGGGCCCCGCGCAGAUGCCAGGCGUCGGUGGCAGCAGCAGCAGCAGCAGCAGCAGCACGUCAUCCUCGGCUGUGGCUAGCGGAGGUCGGGGACGGAGCAGCGGCGGGAUAAGAAGAACACCUGAGAGACGAGAAAGCUACGAAGCGUUGCCGGCGGCGGCGGCGGUGGCGGCAGCACCACGGGCAGUGCUGUUCGCGUACGUGGCCCAGCCGGGGGGAAGGCUGUGGCGUGUCGGCCUGUCGGACGGGGAGGUGGAGUCGAUGCACCGUCCUCUUGGCGUCGAUGAGGGUGGGGGUGGCUUGCCGGUGGAGAGUGGCGUGGAGCUGGGGGAGAUGUGGGCGGUGGAAGUUGGAGAUGCACGGGCGCUUCUUUGCUGGAGGAGCGGGUUUAAGUCGAAAAAGGGAGGCGAGUUCGCCCUGCUCGACCCCAACACCCACAGCUUCGUGGCCGCCUGCCCGGGGAUGUCGGGCACCGUAGACGUUUCGGGCUUCGUACUAUCACCCUUCUCGCAGUCGGCAGGCGGCGGCUCUCUGCAGUCGAUCAGGCAGCGCUUGGAGGUGCUGGGAGGGGGAGUGCGCGUGCUGCACGGCGGAGACUUGGCCAAGGUUACGAUGCUGUACCACAACGCGGAGGGAGUGGCGUGGAGCACGUCGAGCAGCGAGGCGAUCGAGGGCUGGGGUGCCGCGCUCUCGGCCGAAGAAGCCGCUAGGACGGUCCAGCGCGCCUGGAGAGCGACGAGGAAAGGCGGCGGCGGCGGCGGCGGCGGCGGCGGCAUGGCGGCGGACACCGCAGCAGUGGAGGGUGGGGAUACCCCCCCCACGGCGACGCGGGACCCUCCCCUCCAGUUGCUCAUGCCGGGCGAUUUUCCGCUCCGUGGCAGGGCGGCGGCGGCGGCGGGACCGGCGGCACCGGCUUCCUCGCUGCCGUCCCUGCGAGAUGUGGCUGCCGGUUAUCCUGACUCUAGCGUAGCGGCGGGUCUUCAGUUGCAAGAUCAGGCGGCGACCGCGCCCGCCGCCGCCGCUGCGCGCGGCCACCGAAAUCGCGAAGACCGGGAUGAUAGCGGCGGCCGGGUUCCGAAAUCACUCCGUAGUGGAAGCGGUGGCCUUGGCGGUGGCAGCAGCCACAGAAGGCGCGGGGCGAGGUCCAGGUCGAAGAAGUUUUCUGUCCGCGACAGCAUUGAGGCCCUCGAUGCCGCCGACCGAGCCCUGCAGCUCAGCUCUCACGCGAGGCAAGCCAGCUCCCCGACGUCUGGGGACAGAGGAGAGGACACCUACUGGCCGACGGACGAAUCUUCGUCUCGCUCCCGCAGGAUGGGCGGCGGCGGUAGGGGUAGCAGCGGAAUUCCCUCCGGGAGCGAGAGCGACGGCGGCGCCAACGCCAUGUGCCGCGCCACCGAUGCUCUCAUCCGGCAGACCUGGCCCGUUCUUCACAGAACCGGGUCCCUCGAGAACCUCGCGCUGCCGCCGGACUCGCCUCCGUUCCACAGUGCCCCGGCGAGCUUCCCCACCGAUGCUCGGGGCAGGGCGGCGCGAGCGGCGACGCUGCCGGGAAUCACAGCGGGGGGGAGGGUGGAUACCGAGGAAGAGCACGCUUUGAGGCAGGGCAGCGAGCAAGGGAGGGCGGAGGCGGCGACCGCUGUGACCGGUUUCGAGCACGGGGGGGCUGAAGAAAGUAGUAGGUGGGAAGAGGAGGCGGAGGAGGAGGAGGAGGCCACCGCCGUUGUGUCUUCUCCUACUGCGGAGCCCCCUCCUUCGGCCGGCUGGAACAAUGAUGACGGGGUUGACGAGCGGGCGGCUGUGAACGAGGCUCUGCAGCCCGGCGGGGGUGCAACGAGCGACGAGGAUAGCUUGCCGGAUGGCAACGACCCCAGAAUGUUCGCCGAGAACGUCUCAGGCGGUAGUGUGGGGGGUUACAGCAGCGGGAACGAGGAUGGGGCCGGGGUGAGUGAGGAGACGAGUUUGCGAUUCCAGUCCUAGCCUUUCUUUUGACCUGUAUUAAAUACUGCUGUAUGCUUGCUGCUCUCCCUUUUGUUUGUUUCCUGUGUUAAAUUUCGUUACCUCUUUUGUAAUAGUGCUGACGGAUGAGAUGACGGCACAUCUAUUGUACCUCCAACCGGCUGGAAUUUUACGUUCAACGUUAACGCCGCAGUACGGUACACCACCGACCACGACAAUCCGAAAACGCACACUUGACCUCUUCAAUGACUCGCAUCCCCCCCCCCGGAAGUACGAGUAUGCACAACGGAUGUAGGCACUACAGACCAUGCGUUGGUGUGGACAACCCUACAACAGACGAGAGUCAUCCAGAGUAGGCGACGCAGGAAAAUAUACAGAUGGAGAAUAGAUAAGCUAGAAGUAGAAGAAACGAGGGUAGAGUUCCAAGAAGAGAUGGCUGUAAACGACAAGAAACUCUCGGAGUUGAUAGAGGCAAUGGGCACACCGAAGGAUGCCAAAGGUCGGGACCAGGCCGGAUCUAGAAUCAUAGAAGGGUGGGAAAAGCUGGUAAACACAACGGCAAGUAGAGUUCUCGGUAGAAAGUUGAUAGUUUGUAAGAGAGCAGUGGAAGUGGUGGGACGAAGAAAUCAAGCAAGCAAUUCGAGUACGUAGAGAGUCACACGCAAAAUAUGCGGCAGAGAAAACCGAUGCAGGAUGGAAGGAGGUAUAUUGAAAAAUGCAAGAGGGUGAAGGAGUUGGUGGUGAAGAAGAAAGCGUUGUGGGAGGAAGUAGUCCAAAAGACUAACGAAGAUUUUGAGGGGGGGAUGAAGCAAAUGUGGGUAGGAAUUCAAGGGAU